UUUUACGCACACACGCCGUUAUCGGAUAGCGUUUUGACUUGGUCCUUUUACGCCCAUUAGCCCCUCUCCCGGGAGGAGUUUGAGCCGUUAGCUACUAGCUAGCUCGUUAAUGUUAUUCUAUUGCUGCUAACGUUCCGUAGUGCCUGUGUUGGAGAGUCGGCGUUUUCAAAUGGAACUAACAGUGAUGACUUGCCGCACAGAAGGUGACGAUGGAGACAUCUGUGGAUGGGCCAGUUCAAUACUGGUAUACAGCAAAAAUAAUAUCUCAGCAGUGACAUCACGAGUGCAACAGUUUGUGGAGGAGAGGAUGCAGACCACUAUGCUCACAGGUGUCCUGAUAGGUGCCGCCGUCGCAGUCUCAGUGAUCGGGAUUGUGGUGCUCUUUUUGUACAGGAGGUUCAAGCAUGCUCGUGAACAGCAGCCUGGUGUACCUCAUUAUCGCUUCAGAAAACGAGAUAAAGUGCUCUUCUAUGGUCGAAAAAUCAUGCGCAAGGUCCAGACUUUGUCCUCAAUUCCUCCUACUACUUCGCCAUCUACCUCAGUGUCGAAGCAACCGCAGCGUGUGCGCAAGAGAACCAAAGUUCUUAGCAUUGCUCGCAAAAUCCUUCGUAUCCGUAAGGACCCUCCUACUCUUCAGCCUAAAGAACCGCCACCCUCUCUGCUGGAGGCUGACCUGACUGAGUUUGAUGUGCAGAGUUCAAAUCUUCCCUCUGAGGUGCUCUAUAUGCUGAAGAAUGUCAGGGUGUUGGGACACUUUGACAAGCCCCUCUUCCUCGAGCUGUGUCGCCACAUGGUGUUUGUUGAGCUGCAGGAGAGUGAGGGUCUUUUCAAGCCCGGAGAUGACGACGACAGCAUCUAUGUGGUCCAGGAUGGGCGACUUGAGCUCUGCAUCUUUGAGAACGAUGGUACAGAAGUAGCAGUGAAGGAUGUUCUUCCCGGCGACAGCGUACACAGCUUGCUCAGUAUUCUGGACAUCAUCACGGGGUUUCCAGCUCCCUACAAGACUGUAUCUGCUCGUGCAGCCACCCGCUCCACCAUCUUACGUUUACCUGCAUCCGCCUUUGAGUCUGUGUUCAAGAAAUACCCUGAGACACUAGUGCGUGUCAUUCAGAUAAUCAUGGUGCGGCUCCAAAGAGUCACCUUCUUGGCACUGCAUAACUACCUGGGCCUGACGACCGAGCUCUUCAAUCCGGAGAGCCAUGCGGUGCCUUUGUCCAACGUGAACAGCGUGGCGAGUGAAGCAAUAUUGGGCAAGACGACUCGCCGUUUGCACUUCCAGGAUGAGUUGGCUGUGGGGACCACAGAGAGCCCCGCAGAGACAGCAGAUGCUGUAAAGGACAGUCCUUCGAACAGCCACAGGAAGCAACGAUCCAUCUCAAUGCCCCCUGACAGCGCAGGCGACAUGACCAUGGCGUGCGAACGGGCUCGAGUCAACAUAGAUGAGACUCCACCCAGUCCUGCCAGUCAGAAGUCUAGCCUGAAGAAGAGCGUGACCAUGCAGCACACGCCCUCUGAGGUAUUUCACUACACGGACAGCGGGGGGCAGUCUGACGCUAUUCACCUCAGCAAGAGCGGCACAGUCUUCCAGGCUGCCAAAAAAGACCUGCUAGGGAUCAUCCAGUUGCAGGAUCCCAGCCUGCUUGAGGGAAGAGUGACCCUCCAUCAAGUGAAAGCUGGUUCUGUAGUGGCUCGUCAGGGAGAUCAGGAAGUGAGCAUUCAGUUUGUGAUUUCGGGCCUCCUCCAUGUCUACCAGAGGAUGAUUGACCGUGAAGAAGACACACGUCUUUUUGUGACGCACCCUGGAGAGCUUGUCGGUCAGCUUGCUGUCCUGACCGGAGAGCCCCUCAUAUUUACUGUUCGAGCACAGCGGGACUGCAGCUUCCUCUCCAUUUCCAAAACCCAUUUCUAUGAGAUAAUGCGCGUGGAGCCAAAAGUGGUGCUGAACGUUGCACACACUGUGGUAAGGAGGAUGUCAUCCUUUGUCAGACAGAUCGACUUUGCACUCGAUUGGAUGGCCGUGGAAGCCGGCAGGGCCGUCUACAGGCAGGGAGAGAAAUCCGACAGUACUUUCAUCGUGCUCAGUGGACGACUGCGCUCUGUAAUCAUGAAGGAGGAUGGCAAGAAGGAACUGAUAGGAGAGUAUGGCCGUGGUGACCUGAUUGGAGUGGUGGAGGCCCUAACCCAUCAAAACAGAGCCACCACCGUCCACGCCGUACGGGACUCUGAGCUCGCCAAGCUGCCUGAGGGCGCCCUCAGCUCCAUCAAGAGGAAGUUCCCACAGGUUGUCACCAGGCUCAUCCACUUGCUUGGACAGAAGAUCCUCCAGCAGGUUAAUCUUCCUCUAACAGGUCGCAGUUUGGUGCUGCACACCCCUGGCAGUAAAUGGGACGCGGGCAACCAAGCCUCCAACCUCUCCACAGUGACAGUCCUUCCCGUCUCUGAGGAGGUGCCACUCACCGCCUUUACCCUGGAACUGCAGCAUGCGCUCCUUGCAAUAGGUCCCACUCUUCUGUUGACCAGUGAUAUAAUUAAACAACGCCUCGGAGCUGCAGCACUAGACAGUGUUCAUGAAUAUCGUCUGUCAAGUUGGUUGGGCCAACAGGAAGACAUCCAUCGCAUAGUUCUCUACCAAACAGACUACACACUGACCCCCUGGACUCAGCGGUGCAUUCGUCAGGCCGACAGCAUCAUAAUUGUGGGCCUGGGUGAGCAGCACCCCGCCGUCGGAGAGCUGGAGCGGAUGUUGGAAGGGAGUGCCGUGCGCGCCCAGAAGCAGCUGGUGCUGCUUCACAAAGAAGACGGCCCCCCUCCCAAGGGGACUGUGGAAUGGCUUAACAUGCGGAGCUGGAUCUCCAGACACCUCCAUCUAUCAUGUCCACGACGGGUGUUCUCCAAGAGGAGUCUGCCCAAACUAUUGGAGCUGUAUCAACGUGUGUUUGAAAAGCCGGCAGACCGGCACUCAGAUUUUUCCCGACUGGCCCGAGUCCUCACUGGGAAUGCCAUUGCCCUCGUCCUGGGUGGAGGCGGGGCCAGAGGUUGUUCUCAGGUGGGGAUCCUUCGAGCCCUCUGUGAAGCCGGCAUCCCAGUCGACCUCAUCGGCGGCACUUCUAUCGGUUCUCUGUUGGGGGCGCUUUACGCCGAGGACCGCAGCCACAGCCGCAUGAGGGUGAGGGCUCGAGAAUGGGCAAUGGUGCUGAUUCGUGACUGUGCAAGCAUGAGCUCUACUUUAGCAAGAGUCUCUUAUCCUCAGCCAGGGGGGAUGGACAAAACAUCUAAACAGAUUGCUCUUCUGAAAUACUUUUUUUUUAACAUAGGUAAUGAAAGUACAUUAAGAAGCCCGACGGAAAUGACUUCAGUUUUCAAAAAGGUUCUAGAUUUAACAUACCCUGUCACCUCCAUGUUCUCUGGCGCGGCCUUCAACUCUGGUAUCAGCAAUGUUUUUAAGAGCAAGCAAAUUGAGGACCUUUGGAUACCAUAUUUCAAUAUCACAGCUGACAUUAGUGCCUCUGCAAUGAGAGUGCACACUGAUGGUUCUCUAUGGAGGUAUGUUCGUGCUAGCAUGUCUCUGUCAGGGUAUCUGCCUCCUCUCUGUGACCCAAAAGAUGGACACCUACUUAUGGAUGGAGGCUACAUCAACAACCUGCCAGCUGAUGUCGCACGCUCCAUGGGGGCCAAAGUGGUGAUUGCUAUCGACGUGGGCAGCCGCGAUGAAACCAACCUCACUAAUUACGGCGAUUCGCUGUCAGGCUGGUGGCUGCUAUGGAAACGCCUCAACCCCCUAGCAGAGAAAGUCAAGGUGUUGAACAUGGCGGAGAUUCAGACCCGCUUGGCUUACGUGUGCUGCGUUCGACACCUGGAGUCAGUGAAGAACAGCGACUACUGCGAGUAUAUCCGACCCCCCAUUGACAGAUACCGGACACUGGAGUUUGGGAAGUUCGAUGAGAUUGCUGAGGUGGGGUACCAGCACGGCAAGACUGUGUUUGAUGUGUGGAGUCGCAGUGGCGUGGUGGAGAAAAUGCUGAAAGACAGACACCAGGAGGAGUUUCACAACACGCAAUGCAAGAACAAUGUUUUGACAUGCCCCAACGCUUCCUUUACUGACUUGGCUGAAAUCGUAUCCCGCAUUGAGCCUGUCAAACCUGCCCUGGUGGAUGAGGAGUCAGACUACCAAACUGACUAUGACGAGGAGGCAGUGGAGAGCGCACUGUCUGACCUGGAGCUAUACGGUCACUUUGGAGAGCAUACUGAAGGGGAGGAGACUGCGGACACGGAUGAAGAACUGGACGAAAGAAGUAUUCGACGUGUCAAUGCAGUCUCCGACCACGAACACUCACUGAGCAUCUCAGCCAAUCAGGAAGUACUUUCUAAACGUUCCACCAAGUGAUGAGUGCAAUAACGAAGGAACAUUAGACCACCGUUGGCCUCAUUUACACUCCUUUCUCUACCGCGUGACUCUUGAUUAACCUGCUUUCAGCGUCGUCUCGCUCAUUCCCAACCAUCGUCGUUUCUCAUAUUGAGAUAAUCUUAACUUUGAAUGGAUCGCAUCAGUCAAGAAGCGAAGAAAUUGCAAUAGUGUCACAAGGUAAUUUAUAUGAAAGAGUAUUAGGGCCAAACUGAAAAGACAAAAAACGAUUACAUUGAGAAGUCGUAGAAUUAUGACUGAAACACAGUGAAAGCUCACUAAAAGCACUUUCUGUCACAGUCUAUCCAUUCAUUUUCUGUAACCGCUUAUCUUGUUCAGCGUUGUAGGGAGCUGGAGCCGAUCCCAGCUAGCUUUGGGCGAAUGGUGGACUAACUACACCCUGGACUAGUGGCUAAUCCACCACAAGGCACAUAUAGAGGCAGACAACCAUUUACAAUCUCACUCAGAGUGGGAACUGAACCCAUGCUGUCAUGGGAUUGAACCACUGCACUAACACUGACCUAAAUCUUACUGUGCGUAUUGGAAUUUUAAACUAACACAACUAAAAUCAAAUACAGUGACUUAGGAGAGUUUUUGGAGAUAUCAGACGUUUUUUUUUUUUUUUGUUCUCUCUCUCAACUCACUUCACAACAAGCAGUAGUUUGGCAGUUAGUAAACAAGUUGUCAAAAAAGAGACGUCAAGCUGUUUAUUGCCAUAACCAAUUGUAGUUUACUGUGUAACUAAAUAUAAAGCAAAGACAAUUACACAUUUCUUAUUUAAAACAACCGCACAACUUUGCCUUAAGAAUCUCUGCUAGUUUGAUGCAAACACACAAUGUAAAACGCCAUUGACGAGCUACUGGAGAACUAGAACUAUAGAAAUAUUUGAACACAAGCGGUGAAGCUACACAUAUAGAUGACAAUUUAAGCAGCAAAGUAGCCUAGUGGCACGUCUGCCUCAGUUCUGAAGCUCGAAUCUCUGUUCUGGUCUUCUAGUUUGGAGUUUGCAUGUUCUCCACAUGCUUGCGUUUUUUUUUUUUUUUUUUUUAGGAUAAUUGAAGACUUCAAAAGAGUCCGGGGUGUACCCGCCUCUCGUCCAAAGUCGGCUGUGAAAGUCACCAACGACCUUAAUGAGGACGAGCGCUAUAAAAAAAUUACCGGAUUUUACAACUUUUUAUUAACUUUACAACUUUAGUUUCACAGCAUUACUGUUUUUUUUCCACAUAACAACUUUAUUCUCACAACGGUUAACUUGUUUAUUCUCAUAUAUUUCUCAUAUAACAUUUUGCCUUGUAUUUUUCUGUGCAAAUGGCUUUUUAAUACUCCUUUGUUUAUUCUCUCAAUUUACUGUUUAAAAAGUGCCAGUGUAUGCAGGUUUUUUUGUUAUUUGGGGAAACCACAUUUUGUGCCAUACUUGAAGACUGAGCGGAAAAGUUGGACAAAAAAAUAGUAACAGCUACAAUUUAGCUGACACUGCCCAUUUUUCCUCAUCUCAGAAUUCACAAAAAAGAAAAAAGAAAAUACAAACGCCUUGCUGUUGCCUCUUAAUGAAUAAAGUGGUAUUAUAAGGUUGUAGGGGUUUAGGCUUCCCCGAAAGAAUGCCUUUUUGCUUCCAAGCUUUUGCUGGUUAGACAAUGUUACUGAAAAAAUGAUUUAGAUUUACUUGACUGUUUUUUGUGGUCUUGCACCACCUUUACUUGCCAUGUGUGAUUUAUUCUUCCAAUGUAUGGUGACAGUGUGGAUAAACCGUACAGAGAACAUAGAACCUCAGCCUUUAGGCAAAAGUAGCUCGCCGAGCAUCCCAGACAUGCACUUCAAUGCAAUUGUUGAUUUAUCUGUUUUGUAGCCUUUCUAGACUGAUCACUCUCCCCAUGUUACACUAUUUUUAUAGCAUUUGUCAUCACAAUCAUCAUCGAUCAUUUAGUUUACAUGUAAGAUUGCAUUGCUGUGCUAAUCCUCUCGAAGAAACGCGUAAUUAAGAAUUUAUUAGCUAAUUAAAUUUGUAAUCUCACUGCAGCCUUGUAAUUAAGUUUUGAUGAGAAAACAUUUGAAGAACUUAUUGGGAUACCAGACUCACAUUCACAGAAUGUAGAAAAAAGAAAGUUGAAGUUGGUCUUUCUUUGCAACCAUAGCAGCUUGACCUGUUCGGUAGACUAUCUGCAACAAGAUUUUGGAAUGUGUCGGUGGCAAUUGUUAUCAUUGAUCGACAAGAACAUUGAGCGAGGGCCUUCCGCAAGCUGUUUCCACAAAGUCGCACAAAGAAUUGUCUAAAAUCUCUUGAUUAAAAUUAAAAAUAAAGAUUCUGAGGGAAUAAGGGGUCUAACCCAAUUAGCUGUUGUUCCAUCAAUGUGUUUCUCAAUUCCUUAGUACAUAUAGUGUGAUGUCAAAUGCAUGAAUAUUUUUCAUUAUUAUAAUUUAUUAAUUAAAUGCCUUAAUACUGGGCUUUAAGAGCUCAGCGCUUUAUCCAAGUACAAUGCAACCUCUAAGAUGAAAACACAGUCAUUCACAGGACUUACCCCCCUCCCCCCACCUUAAAUUCAGAACAAUUGUUCCUAUACGAAGGAAUACAAACAGUCUUUUCCAAGAUCAAACUGUGGUCGUCAUAAAGGCUUUAUUAACUGUGCACAAUUUUGUUAAGUGACACUGUAACUACUUUUGUACAAGUGCACAACCUGUAAACCAUAAAAACUGUCUUAAAGGCAAAAUUAAUUGUGUUGCAGCCUUAUAAAAUUAAUUCUGAUUUCUCAGUUGUUUAAAAAAAAAAAAAAAAAAACCUACCUAGACCUUUUAUAGAAUACCUCUAGUUUUGUCCUGCACAUCUUCACUAAUACCAUUUGUUAUGGCUUGUUCUUUUGGAUUACCGUAUUUUCACGACCAUAGGCGUAUUAAAAGGCGCAGUCUCAGUUACGACUCUUAGGCGGAACCGAAUUCUUUGUGUGAUGUCCUGCACGAAGACAGUUUGAACUCUGACCUUUUGUGUUAAUUUAGAGGCGCCUUUACCCCCCAAAAAAUUGUCCUAAUUUCAAAUUGUGCGACCUUAGCGGUUGCGCUGUUGAAACAUCACAUCUGAUGCUAACUGCAGUGGAUCUAGAGUCUACACACCUCUGUUCAAAUGCCAUGUUUCUGUAAUAUAAAAAAUGAGACCAAGAUAAAUCAUUUUCACCAUUUAUGUGACUAACCUGUACAACUCGAUUGAACAGUUCUUUUAACCGUUUUGAGAUGGGAAAUAAAAUGAAUGUUAUCUGAACACAGCCACAUCCCUGUUACAAGAGGGUUUGCACACUUGUGCAGCCACAUUCCUUCAGUUUAUUUUUACAUCACUAUCUCAUUUUUUUGUUUUUCUUCGCAAUUGUGUCGUACAAAGUAUUGCCCAUCUUAAUGGUGGAAAAUGUUUUGACGUGAUUUAUCUUGGUCUCAUUUUUGAAAAUCAGAAAAUGCUGACAUUUGAACAGGGAUGUGUAGACUUUUUCUAUCCAAUUGAAUCGGAGCCAAGGGGUUGUUACUUCUGGUGUGUUUUGUAUGUUUGGGGUGUUUCCCAAAAAAGUAAGCACAAAGAAAUAGAUGUUUUUGGUCACAGUGAAUGUUUGUUUUUCAACGGUGAUGGAUGAGACGUUGAUGCCAAGUGUGGAAGCACGCCAGGUGACUGAAACAAACACAACCACCUGUGCCCUCAUUUAGCCUUUUGCUUUGAUUGAUAAGCACACAGUGUUUACCAGUAUGCCUUCCCGCCAUUGCUUAAUGAGUAUUUAUUAUGUUGUAUUGUAUGGCUUUGAUUAUGAAGUAUUACUAACACAAUUACUAUUGUUUAAUUUGUAUGUUGUAUAUGAUAAAUAAAUGAUUCAAUUGAUGGAAUAA